GGGGAGGAGGCGAGGCGAGGCGGUUCGGUGGCGGUUGCCAUCUCAGGCAGGGAGACCGACUGGCCGUGAGAGAGAGCUGAGCGCAGAGGCCAUGUGAGUGGGGAGCAGGCAAGCGCCUUCCUCUCGCCUCCCCUCCCUCCGGCAAGCGAUGGACAGGCACCUCCUCCGCCAUUAAGGGCAGAAGGACAGUCAGACAGCUCUCUCUCCCCCCCCCCGAACCCUUCCCUCCGCGUCGAAUAUUAGCGGCCGUUUAUCAGGGUCCCUCCUCGAAGGUAGGGGCAGAAGUAGAUGGCCAGAACGGAGGCAGGUCGUUUUAAUUCAGCCCGAGUCUUGCCGGGAGCAGGCGGCGUAUUUUGUCAUCCUCUUUACCUGAAGGCAAGCAGGUAGAAACGGUGUCCCUCACCCCACAAGCACACAGCGCCCUAGGCCGAGCGGGGAGAGAGAGGCAGGCGUACGCUUCCCCUUAUAGCAGAGAGAGAGAGAGAGACGGAUCGACCCCUCUCCCGCUUAGAAAGGAACCUUUCGGGGAAGAAUCAGGCCGGCUUCCCCUUUGAAAACCUCGGUUGACACGCUGCAAGCACCCUCCCUCCCCGAAGAAGACAGGCGAAGAAACCGUCCUUUCCCUCUUUUAGGGUCGUCCUACUGCUCCCCUGGGGGUUGCUGGCUUUUUCUCUUCCCCUCUCUCCCCCCCCCACUCCCUCCCCUCAAGAUGCCGCUGCUCCUUCUGCCUGCCCUUCUGUAGCCUGAGCCCCAACGCAACUUGCCGGGUGAGGCUCAGACAGGGACCGCGCCGGUACCAUGGAGCGUCGAGGGGAGCCUGCUCUCCAGCUCCAGCAGAACCUGGAAUUCACCGUGGAGAAUGUAGAAAAGGCACUCCACCAACUGUAUUAUGACCCCAACAUAGAAAACAAGAACUUGGCUCAGAAAUGGCUGAUGCAAGCUCAGGUGUCCCCACAAGCCUGGCACUUCAGUUGGUUGCUUCUUGAGAUGGACAAGGUGCCUGAGAUCCAGUACUUUGGGGCCAGUGCCCUCCACAUCAAGAUUUCCCGCUACUGGAAUGACAUCCCAGCUGAUCAGUAUGAGAGUCUCAAGUCACAGCUCUUCAGCCACAUAACUUGUUUUGCCAGCGGUUCUAAGAUUGUGUUGACCCGGCUCUGUGUGGCACUGGCUUCAUUAGCAUUAAACAUGAUGCCAGAAGCCUGGCCAUGUGCUGUUGCUGACAUGGUACGCAUGUUCCAGGCAGAGGACUCUAACAUAGAUGGGCGAGCACGUUGCCUUGCGCUCCUGGAGCUACUGACUGUUCUGCCUGAGGAGUUCCAAACCAGCCGCUUGCCUCAAUACCGUAAGGGGCAGGUUCGUAGUGUCUUGGCCCAGGAGUGCAGUUCCGUGUUCCCACUUCUAGAGCAAUUGCUGCAGCAGCAGGACUCUCCUAGCUUUAUUAAGCAGAAGGUGCUGAAGUGCUUCUCCAGCUGGGUGCAACUGGAAAUUCCUCUGAUGGAAUGUGAGAGCUUGAUCCAGGCAGCUUUCACUUCCCUGCAUGAUCCAGAACUCUUUGAUACAGCUGUGGAGGCCAUAGUUAAUGCCAUUUCUCAGCCUGAUGCUCAGAGGUAUGUGAAUACGCUUCUGAAGCUCAUUCAGCCUGUAUUGGAACUACAGGAACAGCUACGUCAAGCAGUCCAGAGCAGAGAUAUGGAGACAUCUCAUGGGAUAUGCCGUAUUGCUGUGGCCCUUGGAGAGAAUCAUUCCCGAGCCCUCUUGGAGCAGGUAGACCACUGGCAGAGCUUCCUGGCGCUGGUCAACAUGAUAAUGUUCUGCACUGGGAUCCCAGGACAUUAUCCUGUGAAUGAGACAACAAGCUCACUUACCCUCACUUUCUGGUAUACGCUACAGGAUGACAUCCUCUCUUUUGAUCCAGAAAAACAGGCCAUGUACCAGCAGGUAUAUCGUCCAGUCUAUUUCCAACUGGUGGAUGUGCUUCUACACAAAGCUCAGUUUCCCUCUGAUGAAGAGUACAACUGCUGGUCCUCGGAUGAAAAGGAGCAGUUUCGGAUAUAUCGAGUGGACAUCUCAGAUACCUUGAUGUAUGUGUAUGAAAUGCUGGGAGCAGAGCUGCUGAGCAGCUUAUAUGACAAGCUGGGUCGCCUCUUGACCAACACAGAGCAGCCGUCCUCCUGGCAGCACACAGAGGCUUUACUUUAUGGGUUCCAAUCCAUCGCAGAGACCAUAGAUGUCAACUACUCAGAUGUGGUGCCUGGCCUUAUUGGUCUUAUCCCUCACAUCAGCAUCCGUAAUGUGCAGCUUGCAGACACAGUCAUGUUCACCAUCGGGGCCCUCUCAGAAUGGCUGUCUGACCACCCUGUAAUGAUCAACAAUGUCCUGCCCCUAGUGUUGCAGGCUCUGGGCAAUCCAGAGUUAUCUAUCUCUAGUGUCUCCACCCUCAAGAAGAUCUGCCGUGAAUGCAAACAUGACUUGCCGCCCUAUGCUGCCAACAUUGUCGCUGUCUCUCAGGAUGUGCUAAUGAAGCAGAUUCAUAAGACAAGCCAAUGCAUGUGGCUGAUGCAAGCAUUGGGUUUCUUACUCUCUGCCCUCCAAGUAGAAGAGAUUUUGAAGAACCUGCAUUCGCUUAUUAGUCCAUACAUCCAGCAACUGGAGAAGCUAGCUGAUGAAACGCCAAACCCAUCCAACAAGUUGGCCAUCAUCCACAUCUUGGGCCUCCUCUCCAAUCUGUUCACCACAUUGGACAUCAGUCAUCAUGAUGAUGAUCAUGAGAGCACAGAGGUCAAGAAGCUGCCAGUGCCACAGGGUCCCAAUCCGGUAGUGGUGGUGCUGCAGCAAGUCUUCCAGCUCAUCCAGAAAGUGCUCAGCAAAUGGUUGAACGAUGCCCAGGUUGUGGAGUCUGUGUGCUCCAUCUUUGAAAAGUCUGUGAAGACACUCCUGGAUGACUUUGCACCUAUGGUGCCUCAGCUGUGUGAGAUGCUGGGCCAGAUGUACAGCACCAUUCCUCAAGCAUCUGCUAUUGACCUCACCCGGCAGCUGGUUCACAUCUUUGCUCAUGAGCCUGUCCACUUCCCACCCAUCAAGGCGCUCUUUCUGCUCGUCACAUCAGUUACACUAACCCUCUUUCAGCAAGGGCCCAGGGAUCAUCCUGAUAUUGUUGAUUCAUUUAUGCAACUCCUGGCACAGGCACUGAAAAGGAAACCUGACUUGUUCCUGUGUAGCAGCCUGGAUGUCAAAGCAGUGUUUCACUGUGGCGUGAUCUCCUUGAAAUUCCCUGAAGCUCCCACUGUCAAAUCUGCCUGUGGCUUUUUUACUGAGUUGCUGCCACGUUGUGGGGAGAUUCCACCUGUGGGACAAGUGGUACACGAGAAUGGCAAAAUGUUGCUGCAGGCUGUGCUUGAGGGUGUAGGUGGCCAAGCCUCACGCAAUUUGAUGGAUCACUUCGCUGAAAUCCUCUUUGCUCUCAACAAGCACUGUUUCACUUACCUAAGCAUCUGGAUCAAGGAAGUGAUGCAGCAGGAUGGUUUUCCAUCAGCGCGUGUCAGCCCUGAGCAGAAGGAGAUCUUCAGCCAGCAAAUUCUUAGCAGAGAACGUGUGAACAAACGUCGUGUGAAGGAGAUGGUUAAGGAAUUCACACUGCUUUGUCGGGGACUGCAUGGUACUGAAUAUACAGCAGACUACUGAGUGACCAUGAAGCAACAAACUGGAGCACAAAGAGGUCUGCUGACUACCACUGCCCUACGCUACUACUGAAACAGCCCAGAAGAUGGUAACUUCAACUAAUCUGCUAAAGCUGCUCCUCUCAAAAAUGGGCUGUUUCUUUGUUUCUCCCGCAUGUUCAGAGGCAGCAGGCUGCAAGGACGUAGAGCAGAGCCUGGAGCUGAGAACUGUCCCUCCCCAUGCAGGACUAGUGCAAUGAUUGCCCCUUGCCUCCAUGGGACACUGCUGUAGACAUGUCUGUGGUAUUGUGUGUUCCUAAAGAGUCUGCCCUUGCCCUACAUGAGGCAGCUUGUAUUUGACUGAAGUAGAAGGCCCUGCAGCCUUGAAUUAUAUUAAGACUAUUUCUAAGUUGUAGUGGUUGCUGAAUUAGGGGUACAGGGCUUAAUCUGGAAGGAGGUAUGGGCAUGGGAGGGAUGAAGUGGCAGCAUUUCUGUCUGCCCUAUCUUAAUGGGGGCAGUAAAUAGCACUAUGAUGUCCUUUUAAGAAAAGAUGAGAAAUUCAAGUUCUGCAGCAAGGUAGCAGAUAGGAGGCAAAGACAAUUUCUGAGAAACAAGUAUCUUGCUCAUGCUUGGAGUGCCAGCCUAAUGAGAGGUGUUGCUUUACCUCUUCACCUGUUGUAUUUUGUAGGUGCAUCCUAGUCACACUGUACUCCACUAGUCCCAUCAAAGCUGUCAAAAUGUAAGCAAAAGUUGCAAAGGUCUGCCAUGGAUGAUUUGCAGCUGCCUUCAUAGAAUCUGCUGAAGGAUGAUUCUAAUUUUCUUUCUAGCUUAAGAAGAUGUAGCUACUGAUGGGGUGGAGAUGAAUUACAAAGAGGAAGAAAUCAUUUAUUUAUAGGGAACAUUUCUACAUAUGGUGUCACAGUGCUUAGGACUGAUAAGAGCAGAGCCAGUUUGCAACUCAGAUGCAGACCAGAUACAAUAGCAGUCCUUCCCCAACAUACAAAUAGGCAUCUAACUCAAGUUUGCUUUUAUAACAUGCUGUUUAUUAUCCACAUCCAGAUAGGGGGAAAGUAACUUAUGAGUACCUUGGUGUACUGUGAACUCUAGUAAUCACCCAUUUUUGUUGUUAAUGAGAAUGUACCAAAUUCAUCACCAAAUUACUUAAAAACCCAAUGUCUAAAUACCAAUAUAAUUAGUGCUAGAGA